AUGAUCAAUGAUAACGUGGGAGAUAUCAGUAUUACUCAAGUGAAUCAAUGGCUAACAGAGGCUCAACAAACUUUGGAGCAAGCUCAAAAGCUAUGCUCAAAUGCGCAAUCACUGUUGGAUAAGACUUUUCAUAAAUUAACAACUCAAUUACCUGAUGAAUUGCAUAUUGCCGAAAUGUUUUUUGUAUCUUAUCAAAAUCAACUUGAUGUUGUUAGUCAACAAGUGGAUCGCGUCAAAACUAUAUACAAAACCAAAGUUGGCAAAAUCACCAACGAUUUCGAGAAGCUUUUGGAUCCAAAUUUAAAGGCAUUAGAAAAGAUCAUGCAACAGUUAAAGAGUACUGAAGUACCAUCUGAUAUUUUGAUUGAGGAUGAAGGGAACGAUAAAAAUUUACUAGAUUUUAUUGCCACAGAGUCAACUGAUUUAAUCAAAAUAAAUAUCGAGAUUUAUAGAUCGAAUUACACCAAGUUACAAAAACUAUUGGAAACUCAGUUACAAGGUAACAUCAUUGAGACGCUAAAUCAAUUUCGCAAACAACAUCAAGUGAUUACAAAAGAAUUCGAUCAAUUAAACACAGUACAAGUCGAGCUUACAACUUCACAUGGAAAAAUUUUGGAGUCGAAUCAAAUAAUAGGAACCAUACUAAGAGAGAACCAGUCAUUAGAGAAUGAGUUAGUGUCAUUGUUGGAAAUGUUAACAAAUCAUUACGAUCAAUGUAGUAAAGCUGUUAAAUUGAUGUAUUCCAAGAAUGAGACGUUGAACGUCAAUCUACAUGUUCUUGAAACCGACGCUUUUGAAUUGGACGACGUUUUUAAAGAAUUGAGCUCAGUUUAUGACAUUAUAAUAACGAAUGAAUCCAAAUCUAGCAAAUUGUUUGAUCAAAAUUUGAAUGUAAUCAAAAGAAGUUUGGAGCUCAUGAAACAAGAAUUGGAAAAGUUCAGAACGUUUAAGACCAAAGCCAUACCGGAAUAUUUAAGGUUGCUUGAUAUAUGUCUUGAAAUUUUAAACAAAUGCUCAAUAUCAGAUGCAGAAUUGGCGGAUUUGUCACCAUGCGAGAUAUAUGCUGAGACCGUCAAACAAAUACUAUUUCAUUAUACUCAAUUCUUGGAUAUCUACAAAACUAAGUACUUGACGGAACUACACCAUGAACAAUAUUUGUAUCCUAAAAAAUACUUGAAAAAGAUCAAUAAUUUUUUGAAUGAAGAACUAUAUAGAUUACAGUUGGAAGAGUUAAAUCAUAGAAAAUCAUGGGUUACAAAGUAUGGUGAGUUUAUUCCCAAGGAAUUUAAGUUACCUGGAGAGCAAGAGAUACCUUUUGUUGUGCAGGUUGUAACGCAAGGUUUAGAACACGUUCAACCAGAUGCUAAUGGAGCUGGAGAAUUUAAUGAAGGGGAGGAAAAGAAUUUGCUUGAUUUAAUGAAAAGGAUAAGGAUACAGAAGUAA